AAACCCUUCGAGGCCCUUCUUCGUCUGCCGCUCUCAUCUCUCUCCUCCCCCGAAGUCUCCUCGCCGCAAAACUAGCUGAUUCUCUUUCCCCCCUCGAUUCCGGCCGAAUAAGAUGGCGGCGGCCGCGCGCCUCCUCGCGCGAAUCUCCAGGCAGGGCGUCGCCUCCGCCGCUGUGGCGGGGGUGGUGAGGCGGCGGCCGGAGGCGGCGUCGCUCCUCGGGGCGUCAGCGCUGGCGGCGGCGGCGGAGCCCUGCGCUUCGAUCAAGGUCAUUCCUUUGUUAAAUCAGCCAGCACGUUACUCAACAUCGGCAUUUCAAAGGUUUGGGUUUUCAACUUCGGCCCCUCAGCAAGACGAUAAGGAGGCAAACAAACAUGCAGAUGAUGGAGUUAAUAAAACUGCUGGAGCAAGUACUGAAGCUUCAGGUGAAGCCAAUAACGUUCCUGGAACCGAGAAGAACCAGCAAGCAGGUUCACAGGAUUCUGUAUCACAAUCUAGCAGGAGGAGAGCUACUAAACGAACUGCAUUUUCUGAUUCAGAUUCAGAAGACCUAGACCUAUCAAAGGAGGACCUCGUGAAGCUACUUCUUGAGAAAGAUGAAUCACUGAAGUCGAAAGAUCAAGAGGUUAAAGACAUGAAGGAUAAGGUGCUACGCAGCUAUGCUGAGAUGGAGAAUGUCCUUGCCAGAACAAAGCGUGAAUCGGAGAACACCAAGAAGUAUGCCAUACAGAACUUCUCCAAGAGUUUGUUAGAUGUUGCAGACAAUUUGUCUCGAGCAUCAUCUGUUGUCAAGGAAAGUUUCUCAAAGAUAGAUACGUCUAAUAACUCUGAUGAAGCUGUACCACUACUAAAAACCCUGCUGGAGGGUGUUGAGAUGACUGAGAAGCAACUUGGAGAGGUCUUCAAGAAGUUUGGAGUUGAAAAGUUUGAUCCUCUGAAUGAGAAAUUUGAUCCAAAUAGGCACUAUGCACUUUUCCAGAUUCCUGAUCCUUCAAAGCCUUCAGGGACUGUUGCUGCAGUUGUGAAGGUUGGCUACAUGUUGCACGAUCGUGUUCUCCGCCCUGCUGAAGUUGGUGUCACUGAGGGCGGUCCAGUUGAAGAAGAACCAGAGGAGAAAUCUAGCAAGUCAGAAUAAACUUUGGGAUGCCUGCUGCACGCAUCUGACUACCCUUCUUUUUGUUGGAUAAUCAUACAUCAUAUCAUAGGUUGUGUUUUCACAAGGAGAUUUGUAACACAAAUCGCCAUUUUUGUAGUGGUGAGCAUGUUCAACGAGCCUAUUUGUUGAAGUUAGUGCAGAAAUUGUCCUUUAAUAAAAACAUGAUUGUAGCCCAUGUACAUUACUGAAUUUUUUUUUUUGCCAAAGACGGGUUCAUCGUGCAUUAAGAGGAAUACUGACUUUGCCCCAUCU